AUGGCGCUCUCCAGGCUCGUGGUCGACAUCCACACACACGUCUACCUCCCGCGCUACGCCUCCGUCCUCCGCUCCCGCACCGCCGCGCCCCGCAUCCUCUCCCGCACAACCCCCGCGGGCCUUGCAGAGGAUCGCCUCGUCAUCUUGGACGACGAGCCCAGCGGCGGCCGCCCCGUCGGCCCCCAGUACUGGGACAGAGACGAGAAGCUAAAAUUCAUGGACAACCACGGCAUCGACAUCUCCAUCGUCAGCACCGCCAACCCGUGGCUCGACUUCCUCCCCUUCCCCGCCGCCCAGACCCUCGCCCGCGACCUCAACGCCGACCUCGAGUCCUACUGCUCCACCGCGCCCCCCGCAGACCCCUCCGCUCCCGCCCUCAAGCGCCUCUACGGCUUCGGCCUCCUCCCCCUCGUCCCCGGCACGCCCCCCGCCGCCCUCCCCCCCGCCGUCGCCCACCUCGCCGCGUCCCACCCCCACAUCCGCGGCGUCAUCCUCGGCACCCGCGCAGCGGGCAAGGGCCUCGACGACCCCGCCCUUGAGCCCCUCUGGGCCGCCCUCGCCGACUCUGGCCUCGUCGUCUUCCUCCACCCGCACUACGGCCUCGGCCCGCAGGCCUGGGGCGACGCAGAUAACGGCCACGUGCUCCCCCUCGCCCUCGGCUUCCCCUUCGAAACGACGACGGCCAUCACGCGCCUCAUCCUCGCGGGCGUCCUCGACCGCCACCCGCGCCUCCGCAUCCUCCUCGCCCACGCGGGGGGCGCCCUCCCGCAGCUCUCCUCGCGCCUCGCGUCCUGCAUCGCCCACGACCCCGCCGUCGCCGCGCGCCUGCGGCACGACGCGCGCUGGUACCUCGGCAGGCUCUACUUCGACGCCGUCGCCUACGGGUCCGCAGAGCUCGCGUUCGUCGCCGACGCCGUCGGCCGCGCCGCGCGCUUCGCGUCGGCGACGGGCGCGCCUGACAAGGCUGACACCGCGCCCGAGGGCGAGGGCGCGGGCGCGGGAGAGAGGAACGCGGGCAGCAGGAGGAUGCUGUUCGGCACGGACCACCCGUUCUUCCCGCCGCUGGACGAGAGCGAGCGCUGGCGGAGCGUCGUGGAGAACCUCGAGGCGAUCGACGGCGUCGCCGGGUGGUCCGCGGCGGACAGGGCGGGCGUCAAGGGCGCGAACGCGCUCGAGCUGUUCGGGCUUGCUGCGUGAAGCGCGCGCGCGGGUCUGUGGGGGGGAGGGCAAAAGUACAUCUGAUUUUUUGGGUUGAUAGUAGUGUACAGUACGGCGUGCGAGUUCAUCGCGGUGCCCCCCCUCCCGUUCGCCUGGCUAGUGUGAUCUUCCUGUGUCUGUGUUCCCCGUACCAAAAAUAACACCUGCUAGUGUUGGCCUUU